AUGGCACCUUAUGAGAGUCAAUUCUGCGACAAUUAUAUGUUGCUUAAGCCAGAAAAUGCAAGUUUAUAUGAUCUUGUUCACUUUCUGCUUUCCUCUACAUCAGAAACCAGUAGAUUCAUCCAGCGCACGAAGGAGGGAAAGGAAGAUUUUAGGCGCCGAUGGGUCAUAUUCAUCUCCCUCUUUGUGCAGAAACUCCUCCUUUAUUGGGGAAAGCCCAUGCUUCAGAUAGGGAAAAUGUUGGAGCAGUGGCUGAAUCUUUUUUCAAAUAUUUUAGAAGGAAAUUUUGUGUGGCCGAAUAGGCCAUCAGCCACGUUCACAUCUGUGGUGGGAAAUCUUGAUAAAAGAGUGGAAUUAGACAAAAGCAUUCGACCUAAUAACCCAAAAUAUAACGCAUCCCUCGCUAUGAUGGCCUCCAAAUUGGCAUAUGAAAAUGAAGCAUUCGCUCAAACCACCAUCCGAGAUCUAUGGAGUAUGAAAUACUUGGGGUUCUACAAUUUCUGGAACGAUUUCCUAGGACAAUAUUCAACUCAAGCCAUGAUGUUGCAAGACACAAGAGCUCAACCUAACUUGAUCGUGGUUGCAUUUAGUGGCACCCACCCAUUCGAUCCAGUUGCAUGGCAGACAAGUGUUGAUCUCUCGUGGUUUGAGCUCAAGGGGGCAGGAAAUGUCCAUGGUGGCUUUAUGAAAGCUCUGGGCUUGCAGAAGGACAAAGGCUGGCCCAAAGAAAUACAACAAGGACGCAAUCAACCACAAUUUGCUUACUACGUAAUCAGACAAAGGCUGAAAGAUAUAUUGCAGGAGAAUGAGAGUGCAAAGUUUAUAGUCACAGGACACAGCUUCGGUGGAGCAUUAGCAAUUCUGUUUGUGACGAUUCUAGCAAUACACGAGGAGGCAAUGUUGUUGGAUAGGUUGGAGGGGGUGUACACUUUUGGGCAGCCAAGGGUGGGAGACAGACAACUCGGGGAUUAUAUGAAGGAGAAGUUGAACAAAUAUGAUGUCAGGUAUUUGAGGUGUGUUUACAGCAAUGACAUGCUGCCUAGGAUUCCUUAUGAUGAUCAAACUCUCUUGUAUGACCACUGGGGGCCCUGCCUCUACUACAAUAGCUGCUGCUAUAAAGGGGAGGUUCGAUCGGAGGAGCCGUAUAAGAACUACUUCUCAUUACAAUGGUUCAUACUGAAGCGUGUAAACGCAGCUUGGGAGCUGGUUCGAAGUUUGAUGAUCCCAUAUACAGAGGGUCCAGACUAUAAGGAAAGUUGGUUAAUGAAAAUGGUUAGGGUGGUUGGGUUGGUAUUUCCUGGAUUAGCAGCACAUUGUCUUCAAGAUUAUGUUAAUGCUACCCGAUUGGGAUCUCUACCUGUUGAUCUUCAAACCCCGCUAGAUAUGGAACUACCAUACAGAUUAUCCACUUAUCAAUGUAACAAAUUGAUGCAAAAGAAAAAGAGUUAA